AUAUUGAAGAUCAAAAUUGGAAUGAUAAUAUAUCCAUGAAAAUUGCGGAUAGUCUUAAAGUGGAAAGACCUUUAGGUGAACUUAGCUCCAUUGAAAUUGUGGAUAUUUUAUCUUCAGUAAUGUUAGUAAGAUAUAAAAAAACGUCUGAAUUAUAUAUAAUUAAGGUAAUACGUAAAAAUUCACUAUCACGUAACGAAUUACCAAUUUUGCCUUUAAGUCUACCUUUCAUGGUCAAAUUAUAUAAAUAUUUUUGUACGGAAAAUUCAAUUUAUGUUUUAUUACAGUAUGCAAGAGGUGGAAUGUUGUGGAAUUAUUUUAAGAAUCGUAAAUCCUCAAUCUCAAGUAAAGACGUACCUGAUACAAUUAACGAAAAUGACGUCGAAGAUAGCUAUAAGGACUUAAUUAAUGAUUAUUGCUCUAAACAAAAAAAUGAUGAUACGAGUAAUGAAAAUACAAAUAAUAAUUUGGAAUUAGAAGACAAUCAUGAACCUGAAAUACCAGAUGAUACAAAAAAUUUACUGAAAAAUGCACAAGAAUUAUUAGAAUCUGUGUCAGAUCUGCUAGAGAAAAAUAAACAAUUGAAACCGCCUGUAAAUGAAACUGUAGAUAUUAGUAAUUUAGAAUUUUUAGAAUCUCGUAAAGUUGAUAUUGAAUUUGUGGAUUGUUGGAGUGAAGAGUGUAUAAUGCAAUGGCCACGUGUGUCUGAAAGUACAGUGAUUAUGUUUGCAUCUCAGUUAGUUGUUGCCUUAGAAUCGUUGCAUCGACUUGGUAUCGUUUGUUACGAUUUACAACCAAAAAAUCUACUUCUCGAUGAAAAAGGGAAUUUAUUAUUAUCGUAUAUGUAUUAUUGGGAAAAUAUUGAAGUAAGUCGAUGCCCUGAAUAUCCAGCUGUAAUGUAUACAGCUCCUGAAUUAAGUACAAUUUCUCCUGUGACCAAAGCUGUUGAUUGGUGGAGUUUUGGAGUGAUAUUGUAUGAAAUGCUGACAAGUUUGAAUUUUUAUAAAUGUCAUCCAGGAAUUUUCUCACCAAAUACAGUUUUAAACAUUCCUAAAUUUGUAUCCCCGGUAGCUGAAUCCUUAUUAACGCAACUUUUAGUACACUGUCCCGAAGAACGUUUAGGGUAUGGAUUAAAUGGUGCUGAAAAUAUAAAAGCUCAUCCAUUUUUCGCAGAAGUUAACUGGCGUCAAUUAGGACAACGAAGUUAAUUAUUUCACAUAUCUGCUUAAAAUACAAAAUCAACAUCAGUAUUGAAAUUUUUCUUAUAAUACAAUGAAUAAGCCGGAAAGUGAAAAAGUGGGGAAACAGCACCAAUUUGAAUGAAACUUUUUGUAACGUGUUUAUAGGACUCCAAGGAACAUUCAGCUAACUUUACCUAGUCAGGAAAUAGCAUAGGGUCCCAAUGAGGGGCUUAUGUAGCCCAAAUUUUUUUGAAAUGCUUAUUUUGGUUUAAAAUUAUCAUCUAGUAGAUAUUUUUGGUCGCUGAAUACAAAUCCGAUGUCAGAUUACACUAAUUCUGUCACCCCACUUUUCCUAUGCAUCCCGGCUUAUUAUUUGUACUAUUAUUUAGUAUUAUUUUAAACAUAUCCCUUGAACUCGAAUAAGACUAUUAAAAUAUAAAAUACUGCUAGGGUAUUAUAAAUUGUUUACAUAAAAUCAAUAAUACUAGUCUCAAAAUGUAUAUUAUUGGCUAGUUUAUUUACUUACUUAUAUGCUUCAGCUAUUUAAAC